CCUUUCUCGGCCACAGGCGUCCGUGCUCCCGGCCCGGUGCCCCGGCGCCCGAUCGGGGUUCAUGGAGCCGGGGCUUUGGCUCCUCUUCGGGCUCACAGUGACCUCCGCCGCAGGAUUGGUGCCUCGCCCCCAGCCUGGGGACGCUGGCAGGAGCGGCGUGCCCGGGGCCCCCCCUGCAGCCAGAUCUGAGGGGGACAUCGAGGAGACUGUGGCCACUACCGCAGUGCAGGGUCCGAGUCCCAGACGCCUUGGGCAGGAGCAGGAACCAGGUCGGUUUGGGGAGCAGGCGUCCAAGGGGGGUCCUGUGCACCACCGUGCGAGGCGCUGUACGUGCUUCACCUACAAGGACAAGGAGUGUGUCUACUAUUGUCACCUGGACAUCAUCUGGAUCAACACUCCUGAACGGACCGUGCCCUAUGGACUGUCCAACUACAGAGGAAGCUUCCGAGGCAGGAGGUCCACAGGGCCCUUCCCGCAGAGUCCACAGCCCUCCAAGUGGACACUGCGCUGCGCUUGUGUGCAGAGCCAGGACCGCGCCUGUUUGCACUUCUGUGCCCGCACUCUGGCUGUCAGCAGGAAUUCAAGGACAGCAAAAAAUCCCGACAAAGAGGAAGAGCCAGCCAGCGGUGCCAACGGAGGCCUGCGUCCAAGGAGGUGAAACUGCUUUCUCAGGCGUCACACCCUUGGGGACAUGGAGGAUGUGAGGGUGGCUUGUGGUGGAGAGGACAGCCAGUGGGGGCCCCAGCAGGCACGGAGUGCUGCCUCCACAGGGGACCCGGCCUUUGGUAGAUUGUCUCUGGGGACAGAGCAGGCCGAAGCUGUGGACUGUCACUGCUAUUGCCCUGCCCCUGGCCAUCCACUCUCUGUCAUAGGAGUUGACCCCUGGCAUCCCCUGUAGCUUUAGAGCAGUGACAUCUGGCUCUGGAUUUCACUGGGCCCAGACACAGCUAGCUGGCCACUGCUGCUCAGAGACAACCCUUCCCCCACCCCAACACCCCCGGCUCAUCUACCUGGGCCCAGGUGUCACUUUUUAUGGAAGCAACAUGUGAUCGUUACCAAAAAAAAAAAAAAAAAAUCAUUUUUUCAGUAGUUGAUUCUGGACAGAGGUGAAUUAUAGCAGCUUGGCUUGGCAGCAUGCCUCCCAUGUCCCCCCAUUGGCUUUCUUUUUUUUUUUUUUAACCUGCUUGUCUUUUUUGUAUGAGAGAUUCUGAGGGUUUCCUGCAGCCAAACUGAGUUUAUUUGUCGUUCUAUCAAUCAGAAAUUGUUAUUAAUGGCUCGCCUACACAUCUGCAAUGGGAUGGUAAUUUAUGUCCAUAAUAAUAGCCUGCGGGUGGCUUGGGUUCCUACAGGCACUGAUCAAGGGAAGAUUAAACCAUGCUCAGUAUACAGGAGGCUUUCCAAAUUGGUGGCAGUGGCUUCUAGGCAUCCAGAGAGAUCCGUCAGCAUCCCUAAUACAAACGGAGAGGAGGGGGCGGGUGAGGCGGCAGAGAGAGGCCCCAGGAGAGUGCAAGCCAGGCCCCAGCUGGUCCCUGCCUUGCCUUUUUGGUCUUUUCUCCUUUUUCUCUCUUUUUGCCCCAAACCCACACUCCUCUCAGCGAGAGCGGGAUGUGAUUAAAACCAUCCAUCCUUUGCAUCAUUUAUUCAUCCACUCAUGCAUUCAUUCAGCAAAGAUACAUUGUGCACCUGUGACGUGCUGGGCACUGUUCUAGAAGCGGGGGUCUGCAGGGAGCGAGGCAAAGGGUCUGUCUCUGUGGAACUUAAAUAGUGGGGAAGCGGGCAGCAAACAGACACAGUCUCCCCCAUCAUCCGCAGGGCUACGUUCCCGGGCCCUCACUGGACGCCUGGAACCACAGACACCACCGAGCCUUGUGUGUACUGUGUUUUUUCCUCCAGGUACACAUCUCUGGGAAAGUUUGAUUUAUAAAUUAGGCACAGAAGAGAGUGACAACAAUAACCCAUAAUAGUCUAGAGGAAGCAGAACAAUGUCCUGUAGUAAAAGUUAUGUGAAUGUGG